AUGGGUUCCUACGCCAGCGCACCCCCAAUGCAUCCCGGUACCACGCUGGAAGGCCGUGUCGCCCUCAUCACCGGCGCCGGUCGCGGUCUGGGAGCCGGUCUGGCCCUCGAGCUCGCCUCCCGCGGUGCCUCCGUCGUGCUCAACUAUGCUCGAUCCGCCAAGGCCGCCCAGGGCGUCGUCGCCGAGAUCGAGUCCCAAGGCGGCAGCGCCGUUGCCAUCCAAGCCGACAUCAGCAAAGUCAGUGAGGUGACCAAGCUGUUCGACGCCGCCAUUGCGCACUUUGGGCGACUGGACAUCGUCAUCAACAACGCCGGCAUGGAGAGCUUCGCCAAUGAGGAAGACGUCACGGAGGAGAUGUUCGAUGAGGUUUUUGGCUUGAAUACUCGGGCGCAAUUUUUCGUUGCGCAGCACGGCUUGAAACACCUCUCUCGUAUGCUCCUAGCUUCUUCAACCAUCAUCACCCCACCUAUAUUCCUAAAAAGGCCCUCCUCUCCUCCCCCUACUAACCAAAAUCCAGGAGGCGGCCGCAUCAUCUUCAUGUCCUCCGUCGCCGCCACCAUGUCCGGCGUCGCAAACCACGCAUUAUACGCCGGUUCCAAAGCCGCCGUCGAAGGCUUCACGCGCUCCUUCUCCGCCGAUGCAGGCCCCAAGGGCAUCACCGUCAACGCCAUCGCCCCCGGCGGCAUCAAGACCGACAUGUUCAGCGCCAACGCUUGGCAUUACUCCCCCGGAGCGGAUCCCAGCACCAGUAUGGAGCAGAUCGAGAAGGGGAUCGCGAGCCUGUGUCCCCUGGGAAGGUGUGCUGUCCCUGCCGAUGUGGCGAGGGUGGUGGCAUUUUUGGGCAGCGCGGAUAGCGAGUGGAUCAAUGGUGAGUCCUUCCCGGCCUUGUUCAGUUGA